AUGUCAUCUUUCUCAUCACAAAACGAUCUCUUGCAAUGCCUCUUCAUCAACCUCCGCAACGCCGCAGCCUCCUGGGGCACCGAAAGCAAACAAUACAAAGAAGUGCAAAAAAUGGUCUACGCCCAUCUCGCAGAAAUGCAAGCGCAAGGUCUGAAAACAGAUUUGAGUGGAGUGAGAGCACAGCAAUUGCAGGAAGCGGAUGAGCUGUCCAUGGCAUUUCAGAAAUUGGAUUUGGAGUUGAAGACGCAAGAGGCCGAGGCUGGGGCUGGUGAGAAGAUGCAGCAGUAA